GGUCACGGAGCCCGGCGGAGGAGGAGGACAUGGCCCGGGCCAACAUCUCGGUGACGGAGAGCCAGUUCCGGUGCCCCAUCUGCCUGGAGCUGCUGAAGGACCCGGUGUCCAUCCCCUGCGGACACACCUACUGCAUGGACUGCGUCAACAGCUACUGGGACCAGGCGGAGUCGGCCCAGCUCAGCUGCCCGCAGUGCCGGGAGACGUUCAGCCCUCGGCCGGUGCUCCGGAGGAACACGGUGCUCGCCGAGGUGGUGGACAAACUCAAGCUGAGCGAGAUGGUGGCGGCGCCGCAGCUCUACCUGGUGGGGCUCGGGGAGGUGCCGUGCGACUUCUGCCCCGCGGAGGGGAGGCUGCGGGCGGUCAAGUCGUGCCUGGUGUGCCUGGCGUCCUUCUGCGAGCUGCACGUCCUGCCGCACCGGGAGGUCGGCACCCUGCGGCGGCACAAGCUGGUGGCGGCGCUGGAGUGCCCGGCGGAGCGGCUGUGCGCUCAGCACCGGCUCGGCCUGGAGCCCGCGGGCAGCGGCACCGAGGCGGAGUGGAGCGGGGACUGUCUGCUGUGCGAGGCCGAUCAGGAGGAGCUGCACGGGGGGGACGCUCAGAGAACCAGGAGACAGCUCCAGCUCCAGGAGUCUCAGCGGAUGUUUCAGGGGAGGAUUCGGAUCGGAGAGCGAGACAUAGAAGAGUUUCAACAGAGCUUAGAGUCCCUGAAGGUGUCAGCGUCGGCUGUUCUGGAGGACGGGGACGCUCUGUUCGCUGACAUGUCCGUUCGUCUGGAGAAGACUAAGGCCGAGGUUCGAGCGAGGCUGGAGGCCAAGGAGCGAGCGGUGGUGGGGCGGGCCGAGCGCGACAUCGAGAUGCUGGAGAAAGACGUGGAGGAGCUGAGGAGGAGAGACGAGGAGAUCAGUCAGCUGCUGCAAACGGUCGAUAACACACACUUCCUGCAGGCGGCUCCUCUGCUGUGCGGCCCGGUCGCCACUGGUCGGCCCUCCAGAGCCCUCAGCCUGCCCACUGAGGCCUUCAGCGGCGCCCGGGGAGCGCUGUGCCACUUCCGCAGCCGAAUGGAGGAGCUCUGCAGGGAGGAGGUGGACAAGAUCAGCCGCGCAGUCAAUGAGAACUACGUGUCUGGUGGAGAGUGUGUAAAAGGUGGCAGAAAUCAGUGUGUGGAGAACAGCAAACCUCAGCACACGCAACUACCUGCAGGUCCACAUGCCACCACAAGGGCAGUGCCCGUGUCAUUCCCUCUGUCCUCUUUGUCUCUGCAGCCGGCUGAUCAGAGGAUGAGGGCAGCUUUCCUCAGGUUUUCGUGUCGUCUGUCGUUGGAUCCAGACACAGCCCACCCGACUCUGAUUCUCCUGGAGGGGCCCCAGGGUGCCCACUGUGGCGAGGAGCCCCAGUCCUACCCCCCUCACCCGCAGCGCUUCGAUUCAGUGGCUCAGGUCCUGUGCAGGGAAGGCCAGUUUGGUGGUGCCAGUUACUGGGAGGUGGAGUGGAGGGGCGGGGGGUGGAUUGACAUCGGCGUUACUUAUCGAGGUAUCGGACGCAAAGGUGGCGGGAAGCCCUGCCUCUUAGGGCGCAACGAGAACUCCUGGCGGCUGAGGUGUACUCACGCCGGAUAUGCCGCCUGGCACGACAACCGUAAGACCACGGUGGCCGCGCCGCCCUGCCCCAGGAUCGGCGUGUUCCUGGAACGCCAGAAGGGAGUGUUAUCCUUCUACAGCGUGUCGGACACAGUGGUGCUUCUGUACACGUUCCGCUGCCUGUUCUCACAGCCGCUGUACCCGGCCUUCCGCCUGGACCUGGACUCCACCCUGAUCAUCUGCCCUCAUGAGCGAGGCAACGGAAACGUCACCUAGCGCUCCCUCCUGCCUCCUCCAGGAGCCCUCAUUCACAGGGACUCCUACAGAAAAGGGCUGUUCACUCUGCUUAUGGAUAUUACUCAAACUAGGGGGUUGGUGAAGUGGGAACAACAUCAGGAGGAAGUAUCACAGUCAGGAAUCAGACUUUCAUUCUCAUUUCUGUGUCUCGUGGCAAAAACUGAUUUUUUCUUUGAUUGCAAAAUAUUCUUCUGUUGGAUGAGUUGAGCUGAGCUGAGCUGUGAACACUGUAGCUGAUCUUUUUCACAAUAUGCCUUUUUCACAUUGUACGUUAUGACCUGUUCCUGCAUAGAACUUAGAAAGGCUCAUUUAUGUUACGGUGUCCCUGGAAGCUGUGGAAGUGUGACAUUAGCUGUGUCACAUUUCAGGGGCCACAUCCUUUCUGCAUUUGAAGACUGAUCACUUCACAGCAGUGCAACUAGAUGGUCCGGUUCCGAAGACUCUUCAAGCUGGGACGAUAAGUGCGUCCCACCAGUCCCAAACGAUGAGGGAUCCAAUCAGUGGAUCCUUCUUGGGUCAGUCCAUCCAAGGAGUCAUUGCACAAGUUAGCACUGCCGGUGGCCGUACCGCAGUUAAUCUCAAGCUAACGAUGCAACCGUGAGAGGGAGACAAGCUGGUAAUGCAAAUAGGGAACUAGACCGUCUAAUUUUGGUUCGGCCUUUUUGGUCUAUUUUGUCCACAAAGGCCUUCAAGUCCUUAAAGGAUGUGGCAUUUGAUUUGGGACAAAGCUAGUGAGGAGAUAGGUGAGAUAUCUGAACCCUGAAACUGAAACACCUUAUUGUAAACCAGCCAUCAUCUGCUCUACUAUUUACAUCCUGUCUUAUCCAACUGGGACAUCUCCCGAGUAGGAGGCCUGAAAAGGUGCAUCACAUCCACUUCAGUGGUUUACUACUCAAAAGUAUUCACCGUGGUAUUGUCAUUGUGGUAAAAGAAACGAGCUGUAUUUAUGGAUAAUAUUUUCUAACAUGUUUUUUAUUUACCUCAGUAAAACGAGUAUAGGCAACCUCAUGAAGGAAAAGUGGCUUCAGUUUCAGAUUUAGAAACCGUAAAUGUCAUAUUGUGGCGAAAUGUUUUGCAUGAAUUAGAUAUGUAGUUUAAUAUUUUGGAGAUUUGUUCAUUCAGUCCAGAAGUUUAGAUUGAUCAUGGAAGUACUCUAGUAAACUAGCAGCUGGUUAGCUUAGCUUAGCACAAAGAAUAGAAAUAAAGGGAAUCUGCUCGCAUUGCCCACAUCUUCUUGUUUUCACAUUUGACAGUGACAUGUUAGUUAAUGGACUUUACAGGUGCUGGCAGCAGGCUCCCUAUUUCCAGUCAUUAUGCUAAGCUAUGCUAACAUACAGUAAUGUUGGCUUCAGAUUUACAGUGGAAUCUCGAGAAUGAUUUAGAUCUUUUUUUUAAUCUAAAACUCAGCAAGGAACCGAAGAAGCAUAAAAACCAAAUUGAUCCUUUCGAGCCAUAUUUACAUUACAGAUCUUCAUUCGCAAUUUCUGUACAGCAAGUAAGCUUCAGCUAGCAGCUGGUUAGCUUAGCACGAAGACUGGCCAGGCUCGUUCCAAGGAUAAGAAAAACAUCGACUUCACUUGAGCUUCAUCACUGUGAAAGUCAGUUAGCAUGAGGUGGUGGUAGCUUUUCAAGUUGGCUUAAAGAGAGUGGUGAGGGGCUGUUCAGCUGCAACCGGACACUUCACCACUAGAUGUCCCUUAAUUCUACGCACUGAACCUUUAAUGCAAAAUAUUAUUUUUAGGAUAUGUUAACAUUGCAGGUCUUUAUUACCAAAUUCAGAUUUCUGAUAAUGUUUUAUAUUGUCUCCAUUGUGCUAAUGCUGGUGCAACAGAAGCCAUUACACUUUGGUCAUAAAUUUGACCUAUGGUAAAUUAUUUUAAAAUGUUAACUAUCAUUUACUUAGCAAGACUCAAAAUUCUAUCCUGUCACGUUUAAAUCUCGUAUCCAAUCACGUUUGAUUCUGUUAUCUUAUUUUUAUUAAUUCAUUUAUAAAUAAUAAAGAGUAAUUUGGGGAAAUUAGUGACAUACUGCAAAUUGUAUCUGUUGUCACAUUGUCAAUAGAACAUCAGAUGGAUUUUAAAUGUCAGGAAACAACAGAACAAGAACUUGAUCAUUUUAAAUCUGCGACUGUUUCUUUGAAUGUAGCAUCACAACAGACAGGGAUGCACUUGCAGAGCUAAUUAUAACUUGAGUGCAAGAGUGAGCUUGUCUUCUGUUUGAAUGGAUGUCAUGUCCUCUGGCCACAGCUUUUCUUGGGUUUUUUCAUCAGCUCCUUCUAUUUAAAUCUGUUCCAGAGAAUUGUGAUGAUUUGACCGAGCACUGUGUAAGGCCUUUAUGUCAGGAAUUAUAAAAAAACACACAACACGAUUAUUCCAGUUACAUGUAACUUAAUAACUUUAUAUGCAUUUAUGCAAGGCAUGUUCAAAAAAAGACAAAAAUCCUAUUCCUGCUGUGUUACACAGUUUAAUACAGCAAAUGUCAAAAUGUAUUACAGCAAUGCUACACGAGCAGGUGUAGAGAAUUAAUUUGCCGACCUCACUAUAUCUGGCAGGUCAUUUACGUAAAGAAGUAAAGAAGAUUCUUUUUUUUGCCAUGAAGUGCAUUAUUCUACAAGCUGAAUGAUUGUACCAUUAACUGAGGUGUUGACUAUUUAACUUUAUCUCCUUGUAGCAUUUUCACCUCCUGUUUACUCACUGUGCUGUUGUUCUUUAACGUGACUGUAAAAUAUGUUUUAUUCGUCUGAGUGUCGCUUUUUCCAAGAUGAGUUCAUUCAACAUUUGCAAUAAACCGAUCAAGGUCUGAA